UUUUGUCUGAUGCAUUUUUGGCUGUCACUCAGCCAGUUUGCUGUCAUUUGUCAUUCUUUCGACUUUCCUGUCGUUCAGGUAAAACCCAAUUAAUUAAAUUUCAUUAUGAGGUUUCCAAAAUCUUGCGACACUUUUGUCGUGCUUCCCCCGGUCACUAAAAACGGCCGAGUAAUAUUCGGCAAAAAUUCAGAUCGGCCUCAAAAUGAAGUGCAAGAAGUGAUACUUGUUAAGGGUGAAGAAAGAAAUCCAAAACUGAAGUGCACGUAUAUCACUAUUGAAGAAAGUCCAGACCCCGUAAACACUGUUAUUCUGAGUAAACCAGCUUGGAUGUGGGGAGCAGAGAUGGGAGCCAAUGAUAAAAAUGUAGUCAUUGGAAAUGAAGCCGUGUGGACAAACAACAACGAGGGUGAUGGAGAUGCUAGGCAGAGGCGCCUUUUGGGCAUGGACUUAGUCAGGCUAGGUCUAGAAAGGGGCCACACCGCUGAACAUGCUCUAAAUGUUAUAACUAUGCUACUAGAAAAAUACGGACAAGGGGGCCCUUGCUCAGAACUUGAUGAUAGCCACUUCUACCACAACUCAUUUCUGAUAGCUGACCCAAAAGAAGCUUGGGUGCUAGAAACUAGUGGCAAAUUGUGGGCAGCUGAAAAACUGACUGCUGGAUACAGAAAUAUUUCAAAUGGUUUAACAAUAACUACAAAAAUUGACAAACAUUCUGAGAAUUUGCAGGCAAAAGCCAAGGGAAUGGGGCUAUGGGAUGGACAGAGUGAAUUUAAUUUCACCAAGUGUUUCUCCUCUGGUGGAGAUGAGGUGCGCCAGCGUGAAGGUGAACGGUUGCUAAAGGAAGAAAGUGCAGGUGCAUGUUUUGAUGUCAAAAACAUGUUCAAAGUAUUACGUCACAAAGAAAGCCGCAUUUGUCGUGGAUGCGACGAUACCUUUCCUACACAAGGGAGUCAGGUAUCAAGCUUGACUUCUCAAGGAUUGAAUGUCCAUUGGUUCACUGCAACUCCAGACCCAAGCGUCUCAUAUUUCAAGCCAUUUGUGUUCACUCCAAAACCUCAGAUAUCUUCGUACACUGAAAGUUCUAAUGAGGCAAAGAGAGAGCAUCAUUUAUACAAACUGCAUGCUGAACAUGUUUUGAAGAGCAGUAAUGAAAAGAUAUCUACACUUUUACAUGAAAUAGAAAAUGGCUGCCUUAUUGAAUUAGAAGAGUUUAUACAAAAUUAUGAAAGCGGUCAAGGUUCUUUAGAUGAGCUAAAUGAUCUGAUGAAAGACUGUGUUGAAACUGAAGUAAAAUUAUAUGGCUAAAUAUUACCUAACGAAACAUUUGAGACAUGUUGAUUGAUUUAGUAAUGCUAUUUUUCAAAUGCUUUUUGAUGUUGUUGUAAUGUGACGUGGCCAAUUAGCUAAACAUAAAUUUUUCCCAUCUAUACAUAGUAGAUAAAUCUAAAUAUAAAAAAUAUAUAGUUAAAUUUUAUUAUUGUAUAUUUUUUAAAUUUAAAUAUUAGAUAAAUAACUUUUAUUACAAUUUAAUAGGGAGUAAAGUAUCAAUUUGCCGAUUUUUUGUUAAAUAUCCAUUAGUAAUUCCUCGAAUAUCUUUUUACAACUAUCAAUUUUCCCUUUUUUUCUUUAUGGAUCCUAUAGCUUAAUGUUGUCUCAGUCUACCCACAAAAUUCCAUAAACUUCAAAGUAGUCUUCUAAAAAAUCGCAAAUAUUAUGUUUGUAUGAAAAAAACGGCAAUUUCAUACUUAACGCCUAAUAUAUCGUUAUUAAUUAAAUAUAAAUAAAGUGAGAAAAUGCAUUUUAAGAACAUGAUAAGUAUGAACUCGUAUGUGUUUUUGAUGUUUCUAAUUAAAUCAUCAAAAUGAAUCUAUGUUAGUUAGAUUUUUAAAUAUUAUGUUCGAUUUUACUGUUACUACUUGUGCUAGCUUCGGCUUGUAUUAUUUUUUGUAUUUUUUUACGUUAUUUGUAGGUGUCAUACUUAACUUAUGCUUUAAAAUUGCAAUAAAUCGCAAUCGCAAUUUGCGUGCCUUAAUUAAUGUUAUCAAUUAUUUAAGUCUAGGUGCUAAGAACCAAAAAAGUGUUUAUUAGCUACAUUCAAUUUGAAUUCUGACUAAAUAGAUUAAAUAUUAUAUUGUGAGUAUUUCUCAAAAAAAAUGUACAUUUUGAAAAAAAAAGUGUGCUUUGAAACAGUUCAAAAGUUUUAUAUUUAUAAAUCAUCACACAAAAAAAACACACAAUUUUGAAGGAUGAAUAAUAAUCUUUAAGAUAACGAAGAAUUAUAGCUAUAAUCCUACUUAUUACCAAAUAUUUAGAUAUUUUAAAAAUAGUCCUUUUUUACCUUUCAUACAAAAACCUGUUUGUCACCCUAGCUUUUUCAUGUAUUUUUGUUUCAUAAAAUGCGAUACGUAACUAAAUUAUUGUAAAUUUCUUUGUAUUAUCGUUCUACAGUAAUCGCAGUUUCUGUAUCAAAUUGAUUUUCUAUGGGGUGUCAUAAUAAAUUGGCAAUUUAAAGCAAAAAAACAAAAUGAGUCGCUCUCAUUUACUAUUUCGUUAUUUACUCUUUAGUUACGAUUUAUUUCUACUUUCCCAUGGUUUCUGAACAAUUCCGUAUUUAUUUUACACGGACAACAAUAGCUGCACUCUGAAUGGCUGUUGGCCUGACGUCUCCGCCAUAACAUCUAUCGCGAAAAUUAGUGAAAACGUGUGUGUUUUGUGGGAUUACUUUUUCGUAACAGGCAGUAAAAUCAGCGAUUUUAUAUAGAACGGUAAGUCUUCAUUAACCAUUUUUUGUAAUACGUGUGGUACGAACAUUUAGUAAGCUUUUAUAUUUGCUGUAACAAAUUUUAUCAAAAAAAUACUUGUUUCUGAUCUCAUUUUGUCUAAUAUUUCGUAACGUUUUUUACGAAUUUCGUUACGUUACGAAAAAGUACAACAUAAUGCUGAGUGUAUACUGUUAUUACCUGACUAAGCAUAGUAAUAUUCACUACUUAAUUUAUUUCAAAAAAUAUAGAGCGUUAAUAACAAAAGGAUUGGAUACUAUCUGCUUUACAGAAGUGCCACCAGCAAAAAAUUAUCAAAUCAUUUAGAUUACGUUUUUAUGUGAUUACUUCUUUUGCAUUUUUAGGAAUGCCGCCAAAAACCAAUGCCGAAAGGCAAAAAGCUUACAGAGAACGACUCAAAAUGGAUAAACAUGAUGGAACAAAAAUAAUUUUAUUAAAAUAGUAUGAAUGAUUACUCCCUUAUUUUAUUUCUAACCCCUUAAUAUUACCCCGUAUUUGGGUGCAUACUUACAAAUAUUUCGAAUUGAAUAAAUGAAGAGCAUUCACAAUAUUUCGCCAAUGUAUAACAAGCCUUAUGGCCUUACUAUUUCGUUACUACCGUUUCGUUACGUACAUUUUUUUUGAGAAAUACUCUUGUAUUAUGUAUACCUGAAUGUUUUUAAUUAGUAUGAAUUGUAUUUUCCUUGAAUUAUUAAAUUUUAAUUAAUUA